CAGAGAAAGAUGGUAGCAGGAAAUCAUUCCACAGUGACUGAAUUCAUCCUCGCUGGGCUAACAGAAAAGCCAGAACUUCAGCUACCCCUUUUCUUUGUCUUCCUAGGAAUCUAUGUGAUCACGGUAGUGGGGAAUCUGGGCAUGAUCAUACUGAUAGGGCUCAGUUCUCAUCUGCACACCCCCAUGUACUAUUUCCUCAGCAGCCUGUCCUUCAUUGAUCUUUGCCAAUCCACGGUCAUUACCCCCAAAAUGCUGGUGAACUUUGUGGCAGAGAAGAACAUCAUCUCCUACCCUGAAUGCAUGACUCAGCUCUACUUCUUCCUUGUCUUUGCUAUUUCUGAGUGCUACAUGUUGGCAGUAAUGGCCUAUGACCGCUAUGUUGCCAUCUGUAACCCCCUGCUCUAUAAUGUCAUCAUGUCUUAUCAGGCUUCUUUCUCUCUAAUUCUUGGAGUGUACAUUAUAGGCCUGGGUUGUGCAUUUGCUCACACAGGCUGCAUGUUUAGAAUACAUUUCUGUAAAUAUGAUGUGAUCAACCAUUAUUUCUGUGAUCUUAUUUAUCUCCUGAAGCUCUCUUGUUCUAGUACCUAUGUCAAUGAAUUACUGAUUUUAAUCUUUAGUGCAAUUAAUAUCCUUGCCCCCAGCCUGACCAUCCUUAGCUCCUACAUCUUCAUCAUUGCCAGCAUCCUUCGCAUCCGUUCCACUGAGGGCAGGUUCAAAGCCUUCAGCACUUGCAGUUCCCACAUAUCAGCUGUGACUAUUUUCUAUGGAUCUGCUGCAUUCAUGUACCUGCAAUCAUCACCUGUCAAGUCCACAGAUCAAGGGAAAGUGUCCUCUGUGUUUUAUACUAUUGCUGUGCCCAUGCUGAACCCUCUGAUCUACAGCCUGCGGAACAAGGAUGUCAAUGUUGCCUUGAAGAAAAUAUUAGAGAGAAGACGAUGCCUGUGA